AUGAGCUUAGCCCAAGUCGGUGAAGAAAGGCUCCUUGAACUACAAGAGUUAGAAGAGUUGAAACUUGAGGCUUACAAGAACUCGAUAACCUACAAGGAGAAAACCAGAAUGAUUCAUGAUAAGGGUCUCGUGAGGAAAGACUUCAAGGUUGGUCAAAAGGCUUUGCUUUUUAAUUCGCGCCUCCAACUCGUGCUAGAUAAGCUUAAAUCCAAGUGGCUUGGACCGUUUGAAGUUGUUGACCUUUUUCCUUAUGGUAUAGUUGAGACUAGGAGCUUAGAGACAGGAAAAGAAUUCAAAAUGAAUGGGCACCGUUACAAGAUUUUUAAUGAAGGGGAAGUGAACCUUGCUCGCUCAAGCCUGGUUUUAACUUCACCCUCGAUCACUUGA